UCUUUGAUUUCUCUGAGGGCAGUCCAGCUAACAUGCUCCAGUUUAGAGCAAACAAAGGAAGGGGAGCCGCUGACAGAUCAGUCCUUGGAUCUUGUUUCUCCCCAGCGACAAUGCACGUGUGGGCUACAAAUUGCAACUUCGGGGACAUUGUUUUUAGAUCCUCUUGAAUCAGGGAAGGGAUCAAGGACGCCAAUUUGACUUCAGCCGUGGAAUUUAAGCGUGCAAAGCACACCGAGCGACCUUUUCUUCCAUUGUGCUACUCCAGGCAGGUUUAAAAAUAUGUCUAUCACAGGACUAAAGAAGAAGCAGCCUAAAAUGUUUAAAGUGAAAGUUUCAACAAUGGAAGCUGAAAUGGAAUUCAGCUGUGAGAUGAAAUGGAAAGGAAAAGACCUGUUUGACCAGGUGUGUCGCGCAUUGGGGCUGCGAGAAUCCUGGUACUUUGGUCUCUGGUAUUCUAUCAAAGGAAUGGGCAUUUGGUUGAAGAUGGAUAAAAAGGUUUUAGAUCAGGAUAUUCCCAAAGAAGAUCCAGUGAACUUUUGUUUUUUGGUGAUGUUUUACCCUGAGAAGGUUGAAGAGGAGCUUCUGCAGGAGAUCACCCAACACCUCUUCUUUCUGCAGGUUAAGAAACAAAUAUUGGAUGAAGAAAUCUACUGUUCUCCCGAGGCUACAAUUUUAUUGGCAUCUUAUGCAGUUCAAGCCAAGUAUGGUGACUAUGACCCAAAUCUGCACAAACCAGGUUUCUUAGCUCCAGAAGAGCUUUUGCCAAAAAGAGUUCUCCGUCAAUAUCAGAUGACGCCUGACAUGUGGGAAGAAAGGAUUACUGCCUGUUAUGCUGGACACCAAGGAAUGGCCAGAUACGAAGCUGAGAUGAACUAUCUUAAAAUAGCACAAGACUUGGAGAUGUAUGGGGUUAAUUAUUUUCCAAUUGCUCAAAAGAAGAAUCAUACAGACUUCCUGCUUGGGGUAGAUGCCAAAGGGAUUCAUGUCUACAGCAUCAAUAACCGCUUCUCUCCUAACAAGUCUUUUGAGUGGAGCAGCAUCCAAAAUAUUUCUUAUUCUGAUAAAGAGCUUAUAAUUAAACCUAUUGACAAAAAAGCCGAGGUUUUCAAGUUCUUCUCCUCACAGCCUAAAGUCAAUAAACUGAUAAUGCAACUCUUCAUUGGAAACCAUGAUUUAUUCAUGAGAAGGAGGCGAGUGGACCCCAUUGAGAUCCAGCAAAUGAAAGCUCAAGCCAGAGAGGAGAAAGCAAGAAAGAAGAUGGAGCACCAGAGGCUGGCCAGGGAGAAGCAACUGCGGGAGGAAGCCGAGCGAGCCAAAGAAGAACUGGAACGACGCCUCUUUGAGGUGGAAGAUGAAGCUCGGCAAGCUAAUGAGGCUCUGCGCCGUUCAGAGGCAGCAGCAGAAUUGCUGGCUGAGAAAGCUCAGAUAGCUGAGGAGGAAGCCAAGCUGUUGGCUCAGAAUGCUGCCGAAGCUGAGCAGGAGCGCCAUCGAUUGGAGUUGGCGGCCUUGAAAACCAGCGAGGAGAAGCGACUGAUGGAGCACAAGAUAAGGGAGGCCGAGCUGAUUGCCAUGAAGCUGGUGAAGGAGUCCGAUCGAAGGGCCAAAGAAGCUGAGCAUUUAAAACAGGACCUACAGGAAGCCAGAGAAGCGGAAGAGAAAGCAAAGCAAAAGCUUCAAGAUGUCAGCAAGUUUACCUCUCCUCAUACUGUCAAAUGUAUUUCAUCUCUGCCUGCUGACACGAGGGACACCAGUGGUGACAAAGGAUUUGUAAAGAUGGAUUUAAGGGACAUUGAUCUGAAGAGGCUUUCCUUGGAGAUAGAGAGAGAGAGGUUAGACUACUUAGAUAAGAGUAGAAAGUUUGAAGAUCGGCUAAAAGAACUCAAGACUGAAAUCCAUGCUCUCAAACUUGAAGAGAAACACGCCGGAUUUCUUUCUCAUUGGAACAUAAUCCUUGACUCUUUGGAUCAUUCAUCAGAGAAGGAAUACAAGGCUCCUGUUUGGAUGAAAACCCUUGAAGCAGACCUGUUUAAUAAUCUGCCACAGUCCUUUUCACCAUCAUGCCUGCUAAAUGUGAUUGAGAAUACCAUGCCCAGUACAGCAACAGAAAACUCUUUUCCAACCCAUCCCCUGGUUAUCAAUAACAUGGAAACAGGACGCCGAAAGCACAUUAAGGUAACCGGCUUGAAUUUCAUUUUCAGUAUUCCAUAUGUCCUAUCUACCAAUCUUUUCCUUGGAUUAUGUGUCUAUAUCUUGAUGAAGUAUUUAUACAAUAGUUGGUUCUCAAGAUUUAGGUUAGCCCACUCUUUGAGCUUCUGCUCUGGAAACCACACGGAUGCUUUGGGAUACUUGUGACUGGACACAAAGUGUAGUUAUUCCUUGUUCCUUAUCUUCAAUGUGCCAUUGAAUUUGGAAGUACUAUUCAGCUCCUGGGUCCAGCUGACAGAUCUACUCCCAAACAGUCAGUCAGUCAGCCAGUCUAUCUCACUAAUUUCACAUUCACCUCAUCUGUUGUUGACUUCUUUUUCCAUUUAAUGUCUUUUCCCAAAGAAAAGUCCAAGAAUAAUCAGUUCUUUCAAAACAAGUAUUAAAGGGAACAGGAAAGGAAAAUACCCAGUCAAUAUGAUAGCCAUGCAAUCAGAAUUUUUAAGUCCCACAGUGAGAUUUUUAACGGUAUAUGGAGAUCUUCUACCAUAUCUCUGUGAGCUAUUGGAUGAGGGGAGAGCAGAUAAUUCUAUGGGGGAGAGGGAAGAGUGAGAGGGAGGGAGUGAAGGAGGGAGAAAGAUUUGUUUUAACGCCUUCUUCAAAUACCAAUCAUACCUGUUGUAUGUGAACAUUUGAUCCAUUAUACAACUGUGGUUUAGAAAUGAUUUUUUCACUUCUUGGCGUAGGAAGUGAUGAGAUUCCAUUUUAUUCCUAUUCUAAUAUCAAUUUUAGACUGCUUCUUUAUACAGUUGCCUUUUUUUAAAGAAACAUAUCAUCUUUUAUUCUGUACCUUUAAAAUGUUUCAACUCCAUCUGCUGUAAGUUAUGUAAUCUAUUUGCCUUAUACUCAAAUAUCUUUUAUAUUUUCUUUAUGGCUUCUUAGGUCCAACAACACAAAACAGAUGUGAUCUAUAUCUGAAGCAACAGAAUGAUCAGAUAUCCAACUCAAGUUAUCCAUCCAAAGAUUUCCAGACUACUUUCAUAUUCUGGGGGAAAAAAUGCAGCUGCUGCUUAAAGCAUAAGAAUGGAAAUAUUUCUUUUCCAUUCGUAGGAAGUGGUGCUCAUAUUCUGAUAUAGAAAUACCUAGGUAAUACUAGCCAACUAGAGAUCUAAGUCUGCAAAUCUAAUACACCUUACUAUUUAAUACAUCAUCUUGAAAGUAAUUGAACAUUUCUAUUGGAUUACUUGAAGAUUUGUCAUGCCGAUAUAUGUUUGUAAGAAGAAUCUUAAGAAAUUCAAACAGAUCUAUUCUACUACGUUCCCAAAGUCAGCUCUAUUAAGUUACUUGAGAGUUAAGAACUGAGUUGUAUAUUCAUUGAAGAAUUAUGAACAUGCUGUUAAAUUUCAUUAAAGGCAAUGGGAUUGUAUCAAUUAACUAGAUUAAGGUUCUGUACAUUUAGAAUUUUUCAUAAAAGUGGAAAUGUAAAUUUAUGAUGGCGAAUAUUUUUAUUUUUGUAAAGUGUUCUACAAUUACUUUGUCUUUCUGAUUAAAGGACAAAAUUCUAAACGCCCAAAUCUGUUUAUUAAAACAGAAUCAGUGGGAAUGCUAUAUAUGUCCUUAAGCCAAAACUGGGUUGGGCUUGUUCAGCUCUUUUGCUAAAAAUAGAGCCUGAUCCUAUUCACACACUGAAUGCUCAAAUGUAAACGUAUUUAUUAUUCUGCCAUGUAAAGAACUGCAGCCAGGAGUUCCUUCUGAGAACAGAAACUUAGGAUUGUGCUCUUAUUUAACUUGUAUCCCAUCCUACGAUGAAUGAGGCUUUAAAAAAAAUAUAUGAUGAAAAAGAGUUUGGAACAAGAAGUAAGGUAAUAUGCUUAUUUUAAUGCCGGUAUCUAAAUAAAAAGUCUGUGUUUUAUGUUUCUUAAAAUUCAAAGCAACAUAAAUCUUCCAUCAAACAUUUUAUUCUCUUCCUGUGA